CUUCCAGUGGCAUAGCUGUCAGCCAUCCAGAGCUCUUCCCCUCCCCAUGGGGCGUGACCCGGUCUCGGGUGAGAGAACCCCGAAUCGGCUUGAAUCGGCGCUGGUGCUACCCCAGAUCUCAUGACGGCCGGCGCUUCCUCGGCUAUUCCCCACGGCAAGUAGCCAGGCUCGCUGCUUACCAUGGCCCAUGGGGGACAAGAGGAAUGAGACGACCCCAGAUUUGUCCCGGAUUUUGGCCCAGACCCCCAGUCAACUACGCUAGAUAUCGCUUGUCGGGGCUGGAGUCAAGCCAAGAGGUCACCCGCCACCCAUGGCCUAGCGCAUUACAAGCUUCAUAUAAGAUGCAGACUCUGCCGUUUCCUCGAAACACCACAGAAGAUCGACGUCGUCUGUCUCCCUAGGAAAAUGACUAAAAUUUCGACAUUGUUGUCCGCUGUCUUCUUGGCCAUCGGAGGCUUCCUCUUCGGCUAUGACAGCGGUAUUGUCACCUCGACCAUCGCGCAGACCGAGUUCAUCAAGUAUUUCUCCAACCCUAAUGACACCGUCACGGGGGGUGUCGUCUCCGCCUUCCAGGGUGGCGCCAUCUUGGGCACCAUCAUCAACAUGUUUACCGGCGACAGAUUGGGCCGCAAGCUGUCCGUCUUCGCCGGAGCUUGCAUCUCCGUGUUCGGAUGUGCGUUGCAGGCAGGCGCCGUUAACAUGACUAUGCUCAUCAUCGGCCGGUUCAUCGCCGGAGCCGCCGUGGGCAUGCUGACAUCUACUGUGCCUAUGUACGCCGGUGAAAUGGCUGAGGCGCAGACCCGCGGCAUGAUGUCCGGCCUGCUGCAGUGGAUGUUGAGCUGGGGAUAUCUGGUGGCGCAGUGGUUGGGCUAUGGAUGCUCUUUUAACAACACCGCCUUCCAAUUCCUUAUGGGCGGUGUGUGGUUCCUCCAAGAAUCCCCGCGGUGGCUCAUGGAGCAAGACCGCCACGAAGAAGCAUUGGCAACUCUCCACAAGCUCCACGGCGACGGAACCCCCGAGAAAACCAGCUACAUCGAGCUCGAAUACCAGGAAAUCCGGGACACAAUCGAGGCGGAACGCGCACACAAUAGCAUUACCUGGACCUCUAUCUUGACCAAGCCCUCCUGGCGCCGGCGUCUCAUCCUCGGCUGCGGUGUACAGAUUUUUGGUCCUCUAUCAGGAAUCAAUUGCAUUAAUUAUUACGCGUCCAAAAUUUACGGGGAAUUGGGCAUUGAUACGCGCACUACGCUCAUGAUCGUUGGCAUCUCCGGGGCGCUGUCGAUCGUCUAUGCAACCAUCGGUCUGUGGGCCCUCGAGCGGGUCGGCCGCAUCAAGCCUCUCAUCUUCUCUGCCGCCGGCAUGGCAGCAGCUCUGGUGUGUAAUGCGGCAAUGUCGCAGCACUGGGACGAGAACAACGCCAAUCAGCUCCGCGCCAUGGUGGCCAUGAACUUUGUCUUCAGUUUCUUUUACACUGCCCCCGGAAUCAUAUCCUGGGUCUACCCCGCCGAGAUCUUCCCUGUGGACAUCCGCAACCAGGGAAACAGCCUUACCACGUUUUGUAAUUGGGCCAUCAAUCUAAUAUUUGCGCAGUUCUCGCCCACUGCGCUGACGAACAUUGGGUUCCGGUACUUCUACGUCUUCUUCGUGUUCAACCUCAUCGCCAUGAUCUGCUAUAUCUUCUUCUUCCCUGAGACGAAGGGAAAGACACUGGAGCAGAUGGAUACGUUGUUUGGAGACGAUCUUCCUGCGGUUGGGUGGGAGAGAGAAGAGAAGGGUCCUGAGGCAGUGGCUGUCGAGGAUACGUCCAAGGAGUAGUCUGGAGUGUAUCAUGAGGUCUUUG